CUGAUAUAGUGAGUGCAGCGCGCUGGAGGAGCGAGUGGAUGUAUGUGUGUGACUUUCAUCUCAUCUUCUGGAGGUCUUGCGGAGAAAGGAAUCACGUUGAAUGGCUGGAUUUUUGUGGAUAAUGAUGCAUAUGUGUGUUUUCUUUUUUUAAUCAUGUCCUAUUAACUUCAUAGGAGUCAUGCAUAACUAUUUUGGAGCUUGUUUCUCAGUAGUGUUCUUAAUUUUGACGUUUUGGACUGAGGUGUGCCAGUCGUCGGGUUAUUUGGAGCUCCAGUUGAUCAGCGUGGAGAAUGACAGGGGUGAGCUCGCGAAUGGAAACUGCUGUGACGGCGCACGGAGCGCGCAAAACGGUUUGUGCGACCAGGACGAAUGUGACACGUACUUGAGAGUGUGUCUAAAGGAAUACCAAGUGGAGGUCACCACAUCUGGCUUUUGUACGUACGGCACGGGAAGCUCGAGCGUGAUCGGGGGGAAUACUUUUCAGUUGAAAGGAUUCAAUGGAAACCCAAACAAGGCCAAUGACCUCGGGACCGUUAUCAUCCCCUUUCAGUUCGCCUGGCCGCGAGCGUACACACUGAUCGUGGAAGCUUGGGACUGGGACAACCAAACGAUCCCAGACAGCAGUGAUGAUCUGUUGAUCGAGAGGAGUGUUAAUCGUGGAGAAAUGAAUCCCGGAGAGGAGCGACAGCUUAUUCAGCAGAAGGGCCGAACAGCCAGCAUCCAGUACAGUGUGCGUGUGCGCUGCGACCGCCAUUACUACGGCAACAAGUGCAACAAACAGUGUCGCCCCCGAGAUGAUUACUUUGGCCAUUACACAUGCGAUCAAUUCGGCAAUCAUCAGUGCAUGGAGGGCUGGACUGGGCAAGACUGCAAAAAAGCUAUCUGUAAGCAAGGCUGCAGUGAGCUUCACGGAAGCUGUGACACUCCGGGAGAUUGUGUGUGUAAGUACGGCUGGCAGGGCCCACUGUGCGAUGAGUGUUUGCCGUACCCAGGCUGUGUGCACGGCACCUGUGGGAAACCAUGGUCCUGCACCUGUGAGAAGAACUGGGGAGGGCUUCUCUGUGACAAAGAUUUAAAUUACUGUGGCACACACAAGCCCUGUGUAAAUGGAGGCACGUGUCUAAAUACAGAGCCAGAUGAAUAUUUCUGCUCCUGUCCAGAGGGUUACUCCGGCAAAAACUGUCAUAUCGCUGCGCAUGCGUGCAUGUCAAACCCAUGUGCAAAUGGCGGGACAUGUCAUGAGCUGGCUUCAGGGUUUGAGUGCCAAUGUCCCCCAGGGUGGGACGGCCCAACUUGUGCUAAAGACAAAGAUGAGUGUUCGUCAAACCCGUGUGCUCAUGGGGGAACCUGCUUUGAUCUGGAGAAUGGCUUUGAAUGUUUAUGCCUCCCACAGUGGACCGGCAAGACCUGUCAGAUCGAUGUGAAUGAGUGUACAAGGAGACCUUGUCUAAAUGCUUACGCUUGUAAAAAUCUAAUUGGUGGAUAUCAUUGCAACUGCUACCCGGGCUGGGCGGGACCGAACUGUAAUAUCAAUGUCAACAGCUGUUAUGGACAGUGUCAGAAUGGAGGAACCUGUCAGGAUGGUCGUCAUGGUUAUGUGUGCCAGUGCCAGCCGGGCUUCAUGGGAAGACACUGCGAAGUGCAGCAAAGCAGGUGUGCCAGCUCCCCUUGCCAGAAUGGUGGGCGCUGCCGUUCGCUAGCCACGGGUUAUGAGUGUGAGUGUCUGUACGGAUACACCGGAACCAACUGUGAGGUGCAGGUGGAUCUGUGCAGUCCAAACCCAUGUCAGAAUAAAGGCCAGUGUCAUUCUAUGCAGGGAGAUUUUUACUGUGCCUGUGCAGAUGAAUAUGAAGGAAAGACAUGUAGUCAGCUACGAGACCACUGCAAAACCAGCACCUGCCAAGUGAUUGACAGUUGCACUAUUGCCGUGACAACCAAUGGCACAGCAAAAGAGGUUCGGCACAUCUUAUCAAAUGUGUGUGGUCCUCACGGGCGCUGCAUCAGUCAGUCAGGAGGAAACUUCACUUGUGCCUGCCAACCAGGAUUCACUGGGGCAUACUGUCAUGAGAAUAUAAAUGACUGUGCGUCAUAUCCUUGUCAGAGCGGAGGAACAUGCAUUGAUGACAUCGACUCUUUUCGCUGUGUCUGUCCUAAUGGCUUUGAUGGGCAACUCUGUGAACUGGAGGUGAAUGAGUGUAGUGGUGAGCCUUGCCUAAAUGGAGGCAUGUGCAUUGAUCUGCUGAAUGAUUUCUACUGUCACUGCACUGACAACUGGAAAGGAAAGACGUGUAACUCACGAGACAGUCAGUGUGAUUCCAGUACAUGCGCUAAUGGAGGAACAUGCUAUGAUUAUGGAGACUCCUUCCGAUGUGCAUGUCCCUCUGGAUGGGGUGGCAGUACCUGUAACACAGCGAUGAACAGCUCGUGUGAAUCUAAUCCGUGUCUGAACGGUGGGACUUGUAUUGGAGGGGGCAGCGUGUUCACCUGCAUCUGUAAGGAUGGAUGGGAGGGGCCUACCUGUGCUCAAGAUGUUGAUGACUGCAACCCUCAUCCAUGUUAUAAUGGGGGACAGUGUGUGGACGGGGUCAACUGGUUUCGCUGUGAGUGCGCUCCUGGAUUUGCAGGACCCGACUGUCGAAUUAAUAUAGAUGAGUGUCAGUCCUCUCCCUGUUCGUAUGGAGCCACAUGUGUGGAUGAGAUUAAUGGAUAUCGCUGUCUUUGCCCCAUGGGACGAGCAGGACCACGCUGCCAGGAGUUUAUUGGUGUUGGAAAGGCAUGCGAUCGCUCUGGGGUGCAGGCUAAUCAUGGUGAUCGCUGGGAGGAUGGCUGCAACAGCUGUCAGUGCAUGAACGGAAACAUCAGAUGCACUAAAGUGCAUUGUGGUCAUCAGCCCUGCUGGUUGCAGUCAGACUCUGGUGAGCCACAGCGCCCCCUGUGCCCACUAGGACAGGAGUGUGUAGAACAUCAUUUCCUGUCUUGUCUUCGUCCUCCAUGCAAUCAUCUGGGUAUAUGCUCCACUCGUGAACGUCUACAGACAAUCGGCACUCGGUGCCUACCCAACAACGGCCACUUAGACGACAACUGUGCUCGUGUUACGCUUGUAUUUGACUCUGAUAGCAUCCCGCAGGGCACUACUGCUGAAGGAGUCUGCGCUGAGUUAACGUAUCUGCCAAUCACACGAACCCUGGCCAAAGACCACACCCUUUCCAUCCUUUGCGACCAAUCACCUUCCAGCCAAAAUGCAGUGGAGGUUGCUAUGUCAUAUGAGCAAAACACCUUUGCUGAGGGACGAGCUCAGAUACAGGAUGUUGUCCGCUCCAUCAUUGAUAUUCUGUCCAAACCUCACAACAGCACUUUACUGUUGGCUGUGAGAGAGGUCAGAGUUGACACUCAGGAACCGCGUCCCCAAGUUGGUUACCUCAUUCCGUUGCUGUGUGUGCUGUUUGUGGUAUUAUGGAUCUCAUGUGUCAUCGUCUGUGUGUGGUGGUUCAGGAGACGCAGGAAAGCGAGACAAAGAGAGGACACGCAGAUGGAGGAGAGCAUCAACAACCAGCGUGGGACACUACUGAGCACCCGCACGCCUCACAAAGACAACACUGACCCGCUGCAGGAGAACAAGAACCUGCUUUACCCUCUGGAUCGGGUCGGAGACGGAGCUGAGCGAGAGGAAGAGGAGGAAGAAGGAGAUGAAGAGAGCGACAGAGGACUGGUUCUGCAUAAGUGCUCAUCUCUUUCGUACACUAAAGGGGACGCAGUGUACACUAUUCACACUACAUCCCAAAAUCAGCCAAACAGGACACACUACAGCAGAAAAGAUAACCGCUGCAAGAACAAUGUGAAUGAGAGUUUAAGCGAGCACACGAAAGAUCAUUAUGUAUGAAAGAACCAAAAAAACUGGACAAAAAUAUAAGUAUUUUUUGCUGUCUGAUCUGAAAGCUUCUGGGCUUGUGCGAUUGGUGUUUUUCAUCCUUUUUCAUCAUUGGGUAGUCAAACAAAACAGGGAUUCGUGUCACAAAAAUGCAGCAAAUGAGACAUUCAAAGAAUGGUUUUCAAAAUCUUUUUCUUUUGUUUACACUUGCACUCACUUUCCUUAAAAAGAAGGUCAUUUUUUACACAAAGCUGAACUUUGAGAUUAUGUCUGUGAACUGUGGCGCGACCUUUGACCCUUGGGGCUGUGGAGGAAUAAGAGAUAGGCAGCUUUAAAGUGUUUUUGAUUAUGUCCAGACCUGCCCAAAGUCAAGUGUUAGAAGCCGUUAAAUCUUCCAGAGGUAUAUAUACACACAAGUGCCUCGGUGAACCUUUACGAUAGCGCUUACCUUUUAUAUACAUUUUUCAUAAUACACAUAUGUUGAUUCAUGUUUUUGUUAGCAAAUGCUAUUGACACACUUAAAUGGGUAGUUCACCCAAAGAAAAUUUCUGUCAACAUUUACUCACCCUCAUGUCAUUCCAAACAUGCAUGACUUUCUUCUUCUGUGUAAAAAAAAGUUACAUAACAGUGUAGGAAAACAUUUAAGAACUGGAGUGUUAUUAUUCACGAAUAGCUCUAUUUUUUUUUUGGGUUGUUCGGAGUUGAACUAAAUCAACUGAUUUGUUGAAAUGCUUCAUCUCAGAAGAAUCUUUAGUUCAUUCAUCAAAAAUAUUUUUUUAAUCAAAAAGGAGAUUAAGAGUGGAGACCAAGAUAUUUUGUGAAUACUGUCUAAAGUUUGUUUUUGAUACAAAUCUGUUGUGUGAGAAUACUUUAUAAAGUGCUCAUCAUUCAUUUUUGUUACACAGAAAAGAGAAUAAAAAUAAAAUAAAAAUAAAAAAUAAAAUUUUGGACAGCAUGAGGGUGAGUAAAUGAUGACAAGCAUACUUUUUCAGUACACUAAGAUAAUGUUAAGUAUAAAAGGUUUACUGUUUUACAUUGAAAUUCACUUUCUUUGGGAAUUGGUACUCAUAGUCCAGACAGUAGUAUUCUGUUUCGUUUUGUUUUUGUUUUUUUCAAGUGACAGCCAUAUAAAAAGAACAGUCAUGAUGUAAAGAAUCAAGGGCCACUUCAGUCAUUGCACUAUUGUGUUGUCGCAAAACACUUGGGUUUUUGGUCACACAGUAGGGAGCAAUGAUUUUAAUUCUUUAAUCACUAUGAGAUAGUUCAUUAUAUUGAAAAAAAUAUUCAUGUACAUAUGUAAAUAGUGAAAAAGACAUAGCUGUGUAUAUUUGAGUUUAGUAAGUUAUGUGACACCUUUUUAUCAUUGUCAUUCUUAGAAUUAUUACUUUUUCUUAUUCUAUCCUUUAGUUGCUCUCCUUUUCAACAGUGUCAUUCCUUUUAUUUAUGUUGUCAGAAAAUGUUUUAUAUAUAUAUAUAUAUAUAUAUAUAUAUAUAUAUAUAUAUAUAUAUAUAUAUAUAUAUAUAUAUAUAUGUAAAAGGGCCACAGGUUGGUAGUCUAUCUGUGGAAACUCUAUAAAAAUACUAGAUGAUCAAUAGAUGAUCUAUCUUCAUGUUAGAAUAGAUUAUUUGUGCUGUUUUUAUGAUUUUCCUAAUGAAUGUCGACUAAGGAUUGGACACAUUGACCAUGCUGAAAGAAUGUUUUGCCACUGAUCAAAUGCUGACUUCUUCUGAAGGUCUACAGUACUUCAUUGGAAAAGACUUCAAAGAAAUAUGCUGCAUGUUCGAGUGGCACUUUGUUUCCUUGGAAAAGUCCAACACCUGCAUUUUCAAACCACUGUCAGUCAUGAUAUAAUCAUAUGUUUAUAUUAGUGUCCCAGACUGUGUGGUUUUUAAGUUGGAUGUUGGAAGACUUUGGAAGAUUUUUUUUUAUUAUAAUUCUUAAUGUUUUCAGAACAUCGUUGCUUUGUAUUAUUAUGUUACAAUUCAAAAUGAACCACAAACGGACCAUAGUAUUGACCCAUGUCAAAGACAGAAAACACUUGAGUUCAAAGUAUAUCUCCUGUCUUAGUAUUGUGUUAAAUAUCAGAUUUUAUAUUUAUAAAAUGGUACUAUAUUGCUAUACUACCAUUUUUCAAAAGAACACUAUGAGUAAAGAUUUAUGUUAUCAGAAAUCCUCCCUUGUCUGGGGCGGCUAGGGUAUUUUUCUCCCUUUAUUCAUGAUCUGUUCUGACGUAUUUGAUUGGGGUCAAAUCAAAUGCAAUUUAGAAUUUUUGGAAGGUCAGAAAAAUUGUAUCAGUGCAUGUUGCUUUAGCUGAAUGAAGGGAACAAUUUAUGUUUUUUGUUUCAUUUGUUGUCUUUAGUGCACAGAAAAACAAUACAGUUGAAUAUAGAAUUGAUUGGAUGAUGCGAAAUGUGACUAAUUCAGAUGAGUUUAGAUUCUGAAUCAUGUCACUCCUCAAUUUUUCAUUAUUGUAAUAUUAGGGAAUUAAAACACUCCCCUGUCAUGGGAAAACAAGUCCAUCACAUUUCUGGCUGUGAUUAGUUCUACGUGCACUGAUGCUCAUACUGAAUCUGGCAUUUCAUUUGUUAAAUCUGUUUGAUUUUCCCAAGUAUUUAUUAAAGAUUUUUGUACCUA